AUGUAUAUACAAUCACAUGUACACUACGAGACCCGCCAAUCCUGCCAGCGGAGCCAGCUGGUCUCUCCUGGCAACGCAACAGCGGCUGUGACACCAAGCACAACGACGUCGCACAGGGGAGCGCAGAGGCAGGAGAAGGACGAGUCCAGUCCAGUCUAG